CACCACAGCUCUGCAAAUGAACAAAUGUGAAAAAAACUUAGCAAGGAAAACGCUCUUUAAUUUUACAUGAGUCAUGUGUUGGUGUUGAAAAACUAAAAUGGAGGUUAAUACUACGCUAUCAGGACGCAACUUCAUAGAUUUACGCAUCUCAACGCAGAAACUUCUCUCUUCGGCGAACCGGUCGCAGCAAUUUCUGGACAAUGAAACAGAGAGCGCCUCCGAGGAGGAUUUGGACGUGAAUACAGACAUCUAUUCUAAAGUUUUAGUUACUGUGAUUUAUCUCGUGUUGUUUGCAAUCGGAUGUUUGGGGAACUCGAUCACCCUGUACACACUUCUCACGAAGAAAUCUCUACAAAACCUUCAAAGUACGGUGCACUAUCACCUGGCGAGUCUGGCCAUAUCCGAUCUGCUCAUCUUGAUCCUCUGCAUGCCCAUUGAGUUGUACAACUUCAUCUGGGUGCAUCACCCGUGGGCUUUUGGGGAGGCUGUUUGUAAAGGGUACUACUUUCUACGGGACGGCUGCUCGUAUGCGACGGCGUUCAACAUCGCCAGCCUGAGCGUGGAGCGCUUCAUGGCCAUCUGCCACCCGUUCAAGGCGAAGAGCAUCAUGUCGCGGAGCCGCACCAAGAAACUCAUCAGCGCUAUGUGGGUCGCAUCUUUUCUCCUGGCUACUCCGAUGCUCUUCACCAUGGGACAGCGACUGAUCAAAGACGAAUUUAUAUGCACCACUAUUGUGUCCUCGAUAGCUGCUAAAACCGUACUGCAGGUGAAUGCCUUCCUGUCCUUUGUGGUUCCCAUGGCAUUGAUCUCGGCAUUAAAUGGAGUCAUAGCCAGUCAGCUACUGCGCAUGUUUCGGGAGUCUGUUCAGGAUAAUCGCAUCUGCAUCAUCGGAGGCAACGCUACAAUGCUUAGUAUUGCCGUUGAACCCAACCGUGCCCAAUCAAUACGCCAUGGAGUCAUGGUGCUGCGUGCUGUGGUCAUUGCCUUUGUGGUGUGCUGGCUGCCAUAUCAUGCCCGAAGACUUAUGUACUGCUAUGUCACUGAUUGGACACCUGCUCUCUUCGAUUUCUACCACUAUUUCUACAUGUGCACCAAUGUGCUCUUUUAUGUCAGCUCGGCCAUCAACCCCAUCCUGUACAACCUUGUCUCAGCCAAUUACCGGCAAAUUUUUUUUUCCACACUUCGCUACUUAAUCCUGCCAUGCCGCCAUAGGAAACAGAAGCGUGUUCUUACCAGACACUCUAUCAGCAUCUGCAGCAACCAGACCUUCUCCACCAAUGUCAUUAAAGAAACCAUUUACUGAAUGCUGUCAAGAUUCAGCCAUUCCAUUCCUCUGUUUCACUCAGCCAAGGAGAGACCACUGAAGUGAAGACUGUGAAGACUUCAUACUGAGUUAUUAUUACAAGAAUUCAUUAUGUCCAUGCAACUGAAUCACCAUAUGGAGCUUAUAAAUGUUGCAGAACUGGCACCGGAGACAAUUAUUAUGUUUAUGGAAGGAAUUGUACUACCAAAUACACACAAAAAAACAAUGUGCCGAAACAGUGUAAAAAAUAAAAGAAAAAGGAUAAUCUAUAUCCAGAUUAUUUCUCAUUCAAAAUAUGAAAUAUGUCUAUCUUUGGCAGUUUAAAGAGUGAAAAGAGAAAAACACAAUGAAGGGAACAGACUGCAAACAGUCACCAUUGUAUACACAGAGUCUUUAUAUCCAUGUUAUGUGUAAAAAAGGCAGCACUCUUGUGUGCAAACUGGAGAAGAGUGCAGGAUGAUGGGCAUAAAUGACUCUCUAAUUCUAACGUAGCUUCAUUUAAACACUGCCCUGUUCUGUAAUUUGCACAGAGAGAAGGGAGAGUCUUCAGAUUGCAAUGACAGAAUGUGUAACAGACUCACUGGAAAAAUUUACCUUUACCUAAACCAAGAAUUCACUGCAGUUUCCAGCUGAAAUGAACACUAGCGGCAGUAAAACAACAACUCUGUUUUACACAAAUUAUGAUUACUGGGGCAGAUUAUUUCACAAAUGCUUUUGAUAACUUUAUCAGUUAGGUUUAGGGCUUAAUAAAAGCUUUUUAUCUGCAACAAUUAGUGCAGUAAUGGAGAAAUAACUAAAGCUGAACACUGUGAUUUCUUAGAGAGCUGAGCAGCAAACUGAAUCUACAAAUAGUUUGAAUUUACUCAUACACACCAUAGAGAUGUG